AUUUCAACAUUCAAAUCUUAUCUUGCCGGCAAUUCUCCAAUGACGAUUCCGACGUCGCCGGUCGGCUUCUCUCCGGUUGAAACAACAACAUCUACUCAUGAUAUGAGGAGCACCGACGCCGUCGAUUCCCUGCGUUCCAGGACUUCAACUUCAACAAAUCCCGUCGCUGGCACCAGGCGGAGGAGCAUCGAUAGUGGAAAGUUGGCCAAGACUUCUCCUUCUCUCUGCCGGUCACAAUCGUUCGGGCGAGAGAUCGGACAUGCUGCUAGUGAAACUUAUUUGAUUACUCGCCUUGCCUUCACGCUCCUUCGAUAUCUUGGGGUAGGCCGUCGGUGGAUCUCUAGGCUUCUUGCCCUGGGUCUUUAUGCAAUGUUGCUAAUGCCUGGCUUCCUCCAAGUUUUAUAUCAAUAUCUAUUUUCAAGCCAAAUUCGGAGAAGCGUAGUUUAUGGGGACCAGCCUAGAAAUAGGUUGGAUCUAUACUUGCCCAAAAAGAUAGAUAGCCCAAAGCCAGUCAUUAUAUUUGUGACUGGUGGAGCAUGGAUCAUAGGAUAUAAAGGAUGGGGUUCCCUUCUAGGUUUUCAACUAGCAGAAAGGGAGAUCAUUGUUACAUGCAUCGAUUACAGGAACUUUCCCCAGGGUACAAUCAGUGAUAUGGUUGAAGAUGUUUCUCGAGGAAUAUCAUUUGUUUGCAAUAAUAUUGCUGAUUACGGAGGUGAUCCAAAUAGGAUAUAUUUGAUGGGGCAGUCCGCUGGUGCACAUAUAUCUUCUUGUGCACUCUUGAAGCAGGCUAUUAAGGAAUCGAAAGGAGAGAGCACUUCUUGGAGUGUCUCUCAGAUAAAAGCUUAUUUUGGUUUAUCAGGAGGGUACAAUCUGACCAACCUAGUUGAUCAUUUUGAUCGCCGGGGCCUCUAUCGCUCUAUAUUUUUAAGUAUAAUGGAGGGGGAUGAAUCCCUGCAACAGUUUUCUCCUGAAAUUCUUAUCGAAGAUCCAAGUGCCAAGAACGCUGUUUCUCAUCUGCCCCAUAUUGUUCUUUUCCAUGGAACUGAAGAUUUUUCAAUUCCACCAGAUGCAAGUAUAAACUUUAUAAAUGCUCUCAAGAGAGUCGGAGCACGAGCUGAGCUAAUUCUAUAUGAUGGAAAAACUCAUACCGACUUGUUUAUUCAAGAUGCUCUUAGAGGUGGGAAAGAGGAGCUAUUCGACUAUAUAGUGGAUUACUUGCAUACCGGUGACUCGGAAGCGCUUGCUAACGAUGCCAUGGCACCUCCAAGAAAACGCCUUUGUCCAGAACUGUUGUUGAAGUUGGCUGGUCUCGUGAGCCCGUUUUAAUCAAAAACCCCUUCUCCAGUUUGUCGGUAAUGUUUCCAAAAGCGACACCAUGUAGCCCGUUUUAAAAUUAAUCCCUUAUAAUCAUAUGUACACUUUCAUCGGUUUACUUGACUUCAGCUUGUACGUUAGCUUCUCGAUAUAUGGGUGUGAUAUGAUAACCGUAGAAUUGCUCAGCAGAUGUUAUAUGUGUGUGUGUGUGUAUAUAAGGUAAUCGAAGAAUGUGGUUGCCUCGAGGCCUA